AAAUAACAGCUUGCAGGCACACAUGUGCAUUCUUCCUCUCUGCACAGUCUCAAGCUACAACAUGAUUUGCCUGACAGGAGUGAUUGUGCUGCUCUUUGCAGUGACUGUUGAUGGAAGAGUUGGGGACUCCAGUGAAUCCAGUUACUGCACAGAGACAAAGGAAUGUUUUCUGUUCGACUUGGUUUGUGCAGGAAAAGAUUAUGAGUUUGCCGUAACGAGCAUAUCCUUCAGGUGCUGCGAAGCAAUAGGCACGCAAAGUACAGCUCCUAAUGCAGGUGCUAAGAUUGACAUGACUGCUCCAGUGAUCAUUAAAGUCAAUGAUAGCGCGAGCAUGUGGCAGUCAUCAGUCUAUGCUCUCAGCUUCCUCCUGCCCUCCAACUACCAGGCCAAUCCACCCAAACCUACCGAUCCAUCUGUAUACUUUACAGACACUCCGGAUAUGAAAGUAUAUGUCAAAAGCUACGGGGGUUAUAUGAUGUCAGUUGUGGCCAGAUCGCAGGCUCAGAGUCUGAAGACAUCGCUGGACAAUGUACAGGCUACAUAUGAGACAGAGUACUACUAUAAUGUCGGCUAUAACAGCCCAAUGAAGAUUAUGAACAGGCACAAUGAGGCAUGGUAUAUUGUUAAGGGUGAGCCUGUGUGUCCUAAGACUGAAUAAUUUCGCUGAGGUGUCUUUUAAAGAGCCACAGAGAACAGAACUGCAUUAUUCCUGUGCUAUAGUCAUAGCAGGCUAAAUUGCCUUAGAACUUCUUUUUUUCUAAUGAGUAUAGGAUAUAUACAUUUCACUGUAAGCUAUUAUACCAUAAGCACAUAUACUGUAAAAGGGUUGGGUUUGGUUAAGUAGACAACAUAAAAAAAA